CUUCGUAACAAGGAGUCAGAGUUCUGCCCUCAGCACGUCCAGGAGCGGCCUGUCGCAGAGUGCGAGCCGAACCAGGGGCCGAGCCGCAGCGUCAUAAAUAAAGACUGAUAUUAUUUUUGUACUCACUUGUUUUCGGGUAUUUCUUGGGUCCUCCUAAAUUCAUCACAGUACGUUCUGGCCAAACAUGGACCCUGUACCCGAAACCUAGUGGCGCGCGGGGGUAGAAAGAUCCGUUUCUGUUUUAGAAGCCGGCAUCUCGGAGAUUCUAGGCCAUCUUCGAAGUCGGGGAAGCACGCAGCCUCCACUUCCGCAAGCCGCUUCCUCUAGCCCUCCGUCACUUCCGGUGACGUCGUCCUCGUCAGAGCCCCGACUCUCCCCGCCGGCAAUGUUUUCUGGUGAUCCAGAACAUUGCAGGGCUUUUCCCACACAGUGCGAGACACAUUUCGAAUUGCAACCUUCCUCAUUCUUUUCAGACCGGUCCGAUCAAGCAUAUGUGAUGUCCUGCUUUGCCUCCACUUAUUCCGUCAGUGGUCCGGACGUCUUCCUGGAGGUCGACCCGGAGGUGAUCCGAGAGCUCCGUCCGGACCUAUUUCUGGAAUCGAUCCCGUCUCCUCAAGAGAAAUCGGCAUCCCCGCUGGGUCCGCCGUCCCGUCGCCGGAGGAGGAGACGGCGGGUUAUUGACCAGGCCUCCAGCUGUUCUGAGGAGCGGUCAGCCGGGCCAGUUCAGCCCCAGCCUCUGCCGACCGUCCCUCUGGCUUCUUCAGCCGCUUCCUGUCCUGCGGACCGAAGUCCUCCACUUCCCUAUCCUGAUCUGCCCACAGCUCCCUCUAGUGACGCUGUAGAAGCCGACCAUAAAGCCCUGGAGAGUAAAAUAAGGACGUUUGCCCCCAUUAUUAAACGCCUCAGAGAGGCUCUCCUCUGUCAAUACUCAGAGGGACUGGAGGAGAAAUUAAGAGAGGUAGAGGGACAUUAUCGAUCAGCCCUCCAGGCUUUCUACAGCCGACCUAAACCAGUCCCAGAGGGUCCGGCCGAUGCCUUGGCUCCCGAGUCUGUCUCCGAGGGUCUGGCCGAUACCUCGCCUCCUGAGUCUGUCCCUGAGGAUCCGGCCGACGCCUCGGCUCCCGUGAAGUCCAGAGAGUCCGGCGCCGGGUUCUGUUUUGCCUCUCCCCAGACCUCGCCGCCGGCCUCCUAG